AUGAUAUGGGAAAUUCAGGCUUCGACGUUGACGAACUAUGUUGGAAGAUCGUUGAUUGGAGAUGCUGACGACGGGAACAGCUUGGGAAACGUCGUGAAUAUCAGCUCGCCGGCUGGCGUGGGCGACUUGCCAAGAAGCGUUGACGUUCUUCCUCCUCCUCCUCUCCCUGUUUCUCUGUCCGCGCGCCGGCCUCUGAGCCAGUCCUGGCUUGUGGGGGAACCUCCGAAGCCGGACUCGCGCCGUCUUGGCGGCUCGCAUUGGAUGAGGAUAUUGUAUUCGGUGGGCAAUAUCGUGGAAAUUUCGGGCCUCUGUGUGGUGAAAGUGGGCUCGAGUUUCCGGGAGACGAUGGGUGCCAUUGAAUAG